AUGUUGGUGCUUCGCGCGAUCAGGUCGUGCAUUCAGAGGUGCUGGUGGUUGUUUUGGCCAAGAACCUGGAGAUCGUGGGGUCCAAACACAAACAAUUCUUCGGGUCCCAUCGGCCAGCAAACACUGUGUGGGGUCGUUACGAAGCUCUCCAUCCCGCACAUGCUGGUGGAGAUCAAGUUCACGGUGCGUCUUGAUCUGCCGAAGGACCACACGGCCAUCACAAACGGCAUGUCCUCGGAAGUCGAGGCCGGCUACGCCCAGAUUGUGAAGUGCGGAUCGACGGUGGAGGUAUCAGGCCAGUUCGACCACAAUGAUGAAGGCAAAAUGAGAGGUGGUGGCGACUUCGACGCGCAGUGUGAGCAAGCGUUUAAGAACAUUGACAAGCGCCUGGCUGAGAUUGGGGCUACACGCAAUCAGAUUGUCCACACGGAAGUGCUGAUCGCCAACAUCCGCAACAACUUCGAGAAGCUCAACGCCGCGCACAAGAAGUUCUUUGGCUCGUACCGUCCAGCAAGCGCAUGUUGGGGCGUGGUGGCACUGGGUAUGCCAGGCGCUCAGGUGGAGAUCAAGUUCACGGUCCGCCCGAAUUUGUCGAAGGCCCCCAAGACGUAUCCGCACGGUCUACCAUGGGAAGAUGCACAUAACUACAGCCAGGUGGUCGUCACCAACGAGACGGCGUGGAUUUUUGGUCAAUUCGCCCAGGACGAUGAAGGGAAUGCUAUUGGCGAAAGUGACUUCGAGAAGCAGUGCAAGGCAGCGUUCGCCAAUCUGGAUAUGUGUCUAGCGGCGAUCGGAGCCACACGCAGUCAAAUUGUGCACGCCGGUGCUAUGGUUGUCGGUCUGAGUGACAAUGCCACAAAGCUGAGUGCUGCGCACAAAAAAAUACUUUGGUGCGUGCCCACCGGCCAACACGACCUGGGGCGUCACAGUUCUCGGCUUGCUCUUCAUGAUGGUGGAGAUCUGUGCCAUUGCCUCUCGACGCGCCAAAGAAGCCUUAGGACAGGCUGA